AUCCUCUGGAGGCCCAGCUGGCCCAUGACUGGGGAAGGGCUGGGGAUGGCCUGGCACUGCCCACUGACCCCUGUGCUGCCCCACCCCCAUGGGAUCUGCCCCAGCCCUGCCAGUGGGGCUGAGGUGGCACCCCAUGGGUAGAGGGGGGAGGCUGAGGUGGGGCAGCAGGCAGGGUGGGCACUCCUCCACCCCACCAGUCUGUCCUCCCACCACCCACCCACCUUACUGUCCAUCCGUCCAGCCCCUCCUCUGUCCACUCACCCAGCCCGGGGGUGGUUCCCAGUCCUGGGCACGGGGGUACCACUGUGAUCCCCGAGGUGCCUGAGCCAAGGGAGAGGUGCCACCUCCCACGGAUGACAGGAGCCAUGUUGCCAUGGCACUUGGUGACACUUGUCCCCGUGAGGCCAAUAAAGGCGCCCGUUGCCCUCGGCUCGGAGACAACGCCCGGCCCGGCGGGGACAGGAGCUCACCUCGGGUAGCAGGACCCAGCCGUGCCCGAACCCUCCGCCCGAAAAUGCCGCGGCCCUCGCAGCUCCUCUCGCUCCUGGUCCUGCUCGUCCUCGCUGCCACCGCCCGGGGACAGACCAGCACCGGCCCAAAGGUGCUGCAGCCCUGGCUCCUGGGCAUCACUGCCGUCGUCGUCUUCCUCUUCAUCGUCUUCGUGGUGCUGGUCAUUAACCGAUUCUGGAAUCUCAGGAGGCGCAGGAAGCAGAGCGACUACCCGGAGACCACGGAGCCUGACAGGCUGGAGCGCUUCGGCCACGUCAACCCGGCGGCCGAGAACAGCGACGAGGAGAGCGACGGCAAGGAGCGGACCAAGGCCACGUCCCUCUGAGCCGCCCCGCCCCCCACUGCCCACCCCGGGGCGCCGCGCCCUCACCCCGUCCGCGGGUGGGACUCCGCGCCGGGUUUCGGAGGCAGCCGCGGCCACCGUGGCACCUCCCGCCCCGCCGCCGUCCCGGCUGCGGCCAAGACCCGGCGCGGAUUGUCCGCCCGCCGGAGCGGAGUGGGGAGGGCGGUGGCCGGGAACCGUAGCGGGACCCCCCGACCCCUCCAGCCCUGGGCCGGCCGUGGGUCCCACCCCCCUUCCCAGCCGUGCCCAGUAAAGGUCCCCGAUCUUCUCCAGCGGCAAGCGUUUGGUGUCACCGCGCUGGGGAGGGGGCUGUUCCGCACCCCGAGGUGCUGGAGGGGCAACGGGGGCACCCCCGGGUGCCACCCGGGCAGGGGACAGUGGUGGGUUCCGAGCUGUCGGACCUCGGCGGCCUCGGCACGGCGAGACUCCUUGUCCCGCCACGCCGCUGCUCC